GUAGGAGAAUAAGGAAUCUGAAGUUCAACUUCUGAAAUCAGUAGACUUGGCUUUUAUGCGGAUUGUACCACUGACCUACUGUUUCUUUUUAGUUAGUCUCUUCAAACCUGAGUUUCUUUUCUGUAAAAAUGGGAUAGUUCUUAAUUCAGAGACUAAGGUGAUCAGUAAGUGCUCAAAGUUUGCCCGAUUGACAGACUGCCAUGAGAAUAAUAGCAAAUGGGAUAUUCAAAAGACUAAUUUGUAAAGCGUUAUAAGUGACUUAAUUUGACUCUCAGGACAAUCCUAUCAGGAGGUACUGUUAAACCCCCAUUCAAUAAGUGGCCAAGGGUGAUAUUCAAACCCAGGCAGUUUGGCGCUGAGUUAAAAAUGGUGCAAUGAUGCCCCGCAGGUGAUAUAGUGCGCAUGAGAUCGUUAGUGACCGCCGGAUAGGAACUCCUCAGUGGUAGAGAGCCCUGAGAUAGUGACUUUUAGGGAGUCUGUCGAAGUUCCCGAAGGUGGUCGGUGGGUUGAACUCGACAGCGCCCCUACAGGGAAAUCGGCGGCCAGGGCGACUACAACUCCCACGAAGCCCCGCGCCUUCCUCUGUGGCACUUCCGACUGGCUUCGGCCACGCAGGUCAUUGGUUCUCUGCGGGGCCUGGAAGCGAGGAUUGGAGAGCAGGAGCGGUGCUGGCUUAGGAUUGGUAAAGCUGCCAUGGGCCACGCCUCGGACCCGGAAGUAGUCUCCCCAGACGUGCCUCUUUACUGCGGAGGAACACGAGUCUGCAGAGUGUAGUUGGAAUCCACGAGCAGCAGACAAGCUGGUUCCCCUUCUCCUCAUAAAGUGACUCUGACCGCUGGAGUACUGCUUCUGAGGGUACGGGCCCCGAAGUCGACGAGGCAGUCCUCCGCUGCAUCCUGCCAUCCAAGCUGUGCUUCAUGGAGUCUACGUUUAGCAGCCCCGCGGAGGCGGCCCUGCAGCGGGAGGCGGGAGUCCCGGGACAGCUCACUCCUCUCGCCGACCUGGACCGUGUAUACGAACUGGAGCGAGUCAUUAGAUUUGUCCGCGACGUGGGGUGCCAACGGGUGGCCUUGCAGUUCCCUGACCAGAUGUUGGGAGACGCUGGGGCAGUGGCUGCACGACUGGAGGAGACCACGGGAUCGAAGAUGUUCAUUUUAGGGGACACAGUCUAUGGCAGCUGCUGUGUAGAUGUACUGGGUGCUGAGCAAGCUGGAGCUCAGGCCCUUGUACACUUUGGACCUGCCUGCUUAAGUCCCCCAGCCCGACCACUGCCUGUUGCCUUCGUCUUUGGACAACGUUCUGUGGCCUUGGAGCUCUGUGCCAAGGCCUUUGAAGCACAGAACCCAGACCCCACAGCACCUGUAGUACUACUGAGUGAGCCCGCCUGUGCCCACGCCCUGGAGACCUUGGCCACUCUCCUGCGCCCGAGGUACAAGGAUCUGCUUAUCUCUAGCCCAGCUCUUCCCCUGCCAGUGGGGUCCCCCAGACCAGUGCCUGAACCGCUGGAGCGCUUUGGGCGCCGCUUCCCCCUGGCCUUAGGAAGAUGUCUGGAAGAAUAUGGUGCCUUCUAUGUCGGGGGUUCUGAGGCAAGCUCUGACCCUGACCUUGAUCCAGACCUGAGCCGGCUGCUCUUGGGGUGGGCACCAGGGCGGCCCUUCUCCUCCUGUUGCCCAGAUACAGGACAAACACAGGAUGAGAGUGCCCGGGCUGGGCGGCUAAGGGCACGAAGACGGUAUCUGGUGGAAAGGGCCAGAGAUGCCCGUGUGGUAGGGCUAUUGGCAGGCACAAUGGGUGUGGCCCAACACCGUGAGGCACUAGCACACUUGCGGAACCUAACUAAGGCUGCUGGCAAACGUAGCUAUGUGUUGGCCCUGGGGCAGCCCACCCCUGCCAAGCUUGCCAACUUUCCUGAGAUGGAUGUCUUUGUGCUCUUGGCCUGUCCUCUGGGUGCCCUAGCCCCCCAGCUUUCUGGUGGCUUCUUCCGGCCUGUACUGGCACCAUGUGAACUGGAAGCUGCCUGCAACCCUGCCUGGCCACCUCCAGGACUGGCUCCUCAUCUCACACAUUAUGCAGACUUGUUGCCUGGCUCUCCCUUCCAUGUGCCCCUCCCACCACCUGAGUCAGAGCUGUGGAGCGCCCCAGAUGUGUCUCUUAUUUCUGGGGAGCUCCGACCCCCACCUGCCUGGAAUUUAUCAAAUGAUCCUGAAUGUUCUGCUCUGACCCCACGUCCCCAGCUGGAACUGGUUGAGAGCAGCCCAGCAGCCUCAUUCCUUAGUUCCCGAAGCUGGAAGGGGUUGGAGCCCCGCCUGGGUCAGACACUGGUGACAGAAGCUGUGAGUGGAAGACGAGGGAUUGCCAUCGCCUAUGAGGACGAGGGAAGCAGCUGACAGCACAUGGGGCCAGAGCACAGAGAAACUUAUGAGUCACUGCUAGGACCUUUAGUGCUCUCUGCACCAACUUCUCAUCACCCCUCUAGGAUCUUUGCAGGAACCUGGAUGGAGAGAAGGCAGAAAGCCCUCAUUGAGGAUGGGAUCUGAGCCUGUCCUACUCUGGCCCUGCUAUGAGGCUCAGCACAUAUUGGCUUAGUAACUGCCACUUGUGUGAUGGAACAAAAGGCUUGGGGACUUCCCUGAGGCCUGGGCCCAUCUGUCCUGGGAGCAGUCCAGGACUGGUGGUCAAUCCCUGUUUCUGUUCUGCAGCUGAGGGUCUACCUAUGUUAAAGGGCGGGUGUUUGAUGGUCCAGACCAGAGUUUCUCAACCUCAGUACUGUUAACAUUUUGGACCAGAUAAUUAUUUGUUGAGGAAGCUGUACAGUUUAUGGUAGAAUGUUUAGCAGCAAUGCCCACUAGGCAUCAGAAAUACCCACCCCCAAUUUUGACAUCCAAAAAUGUCUGCAGACAUUGACAAAUAUCCCCCAUGGGUUCUCAGAUGCUCCUAGGCGAGAACCACUAGUCUAGCUCUGCCCUGUUCAGUACUGUAGCCACUAGAUACACAUAGCUAUUGGCUAUUUAAAUUUAAAUUAAUUAGAUUAAAACUCAUUUUUUCAAUCAUGCUAAUCACAUUUCAAGCACUCAAAUAGCUGAGUGAAGCGACAGCACAAUUAUAGGACAUUUGCAUCGUUACAGAAAACUCUUAUUGGACUGUGUUGGUCUGUGUGGACUCAGUCUUGUUUUCUCAGGGAGAUCACAGAAAUUUAAAUAAACCAAAUACUUUCUUCUCCUGUUUCUUUUUGUUCAUCAGACAUUUAGGUUCUAUGGACAGACAUGUGAAUUGUAAUGUCUUCACUGUGUAGUUGGGGAAGAGAAAAAUAUUCAGUGACCACACUAAACAGUACUGUGAAGAGGGCAGCCCAAGGGACCACUGAAUUCCAUAACAGGCACCAGACAAGGACUCAGAUGAGGCUUCCCAAAGGGGAUACCUAAGCUGGAUCUUGAGGAAAUAAAUAAUCAUCAGAAAAAAAGGAGUGUAAAGACCAUUUGGGUUUACAGGCAUGAACCAUCAUGGUGCUUCAAGCAAAGUGAACUUGCUGGGCCCUAAAGAUUGAGAGGAAUAAAGUGGAAAGACUCACCUCUUCAUUCUUCACAUUUGCUGGCAUUUUCCAGAUCUGCUUUCUUUCCCUUGGAGUGCCCUAUCUAA